AUGGCACGCCAGACCCCAGCUCGCCCUCCGCGGGACAGGGCAGCUCGUGGCCAUCCGCCAAGGUGCGAGACUACGCGGGAAAGUCAUCUCCCAGAGGUAUACCAGGAGAUGUUGGAUGAAGCUGAAGCUCGUGACCCUGGACAAUUUCGGUCAGAUCGACCGAUCAAAAGGCGCAGAGUCGGAGAAACAAGGUCCACCCAGACAAGAGCUAUCCCGCUUGAAUCCUCGCCACUGGAAUAUGGCAACAGGGCCCCGCCUACAAACGAAGAUACCACUCAGAAUGUACAGACUGUUUAUGAUUUAACCACAUCUGAUGAGUCGGAGGUUGAGUGGGAAGAUGUGGAUGUUGUACCAUCUACUCAAGGGCAUCGUGGUGCAGCCCUCACACCCCAGGAUAAAGAUGAGACAUUGCAGAUUAUCCUGGACCGAGAACCAGAGACCCGCAAAAAGACAGUCCCGAGAAGAAAGCCGCGUUUCCUGAAAAGGAUGCUACCAAGAAAGAUUAUUGCUCUUUUGAACCCUGAUGAAGAUAAACCACAAUUCACUAAAUCUACUACUUUUAUCGAUGGUCUUAAUCAAGCUGGCGAUAUCUUCAAUCGAAGGUUUCGUGUUACUAAACCGGGCCUGAAGCGCGCCCAUUGGGCUGAAGAUCAACAACAGUUAAAGCAGAGGAUGGACUCUAUAAUGGCAGAUGCUGAAAUCUUUUUGUCCCAAGAAGAUUUUCAGUCCCAAGCAAAGAUCAUGCAGGGUUCUCGCGAUUUUGGAGCCCAGCUGUUCUGUGCUUUGUUGCGCUCCGCCGCCGUAGAUGCGAGACUAGUAUGUUCUCUUCAACCGCUACCGUUCUCAGGCACCACCAAGGACAUGACAACCCCCAAAAUGGCCCCACAGUACAUCUUCAUUUCUUCUGAUGACCAUGAAACAUCUACCGAUGAGCGUCAGAAUUCAUCAGGGGAUUCGCCGGCUCCAUCAAGGACGCGACGGCUUGGGCGACCGGAAUUCACUUCGCGUCCCGCUCAAGCAUCCGUGCGCUUAGGUUCUCGACCAGUACCUCGAGAAUCCACAUACCCAGUAUUUUGGGUAGAAGCCUUCAACGACGCGGUGCAGAAAUGGAUCCCCAUCGAUCCCUUGGUGACCAAGUCUCUGGCAAAGCCAUAUAGAUUCGAACCCCCGGCGAGUGACCCGUACAAUAACAUGAGUUAUGUGGUCGCUUUUGAGGAUGAUGCGUCUGUGAGAGAUGUUACUCGACGCUACGCCAAGGCUUUCAAUGCAAAGACCCGCAAGUCUCGAGUGGAAACUACACGGAAUGGGGAAAAAUGGUGGAACGAUGCACUGAUCGCAUAUGAAAAGCCAUUCCUUGAAGAUCGAGAUGAGGCCGAGGUAAGCGAAUUGACUUCCAAGUCUGCGGCCGAGCCUAUGCCACGCAACAUCCAGGAUUUCAAAGAUCAUCCGGUCUAUGCACUUGAGAGACACUUGCGCCGGAAUGAGGUUAUCUUUCCUAAACGUGUCAUUGGACAUGUCGGCUUGAGCAAGAAUACCUCGAAGAAUGACAACCUUGACUCGGUCUACCGUCGUUCUGAUGUACACACUGUGCGCAGCGCUGCCAAAUGGUAUCGUUUGGGUCGGGAUGUUAAGGUAGGCGAGCAGCCUCUCAAACAUGUUCCUGCGAAAAGACCCAAAAGCGGUUUCGCCAGCGACGAAGAUGACAACGAGUCCGAGGAAACUGCUCUCUAUGCGGAGUAUCAGACUGAAAUAUACCGGCCGCCACCUGUGGUUCAAGGAAGAAUUCCGAAAAAUACUUAUGGGAAUCUGGAUGUCUAUGUGCCAAGUAUGGUUCCUUCUGGAGCAGUACAUAUCAAACAUCCUGAGGCAGCUCGAUCCGCACGAAUCCUAGGUAUUGAUUACGCAGAUGCGGUCACCGGUUUUGAGUUUCGUGGACGGAGGGGAACUGCAGUCUUUGGUGGGAUUGUAAUUGCUCAGGAAUACCAGGAAGCUCUCGAGGAGGUUCUGAGAGGUAUCGCCGCAGAAAGACACCAAGCUGCAGUCGAAACAAAAUCUGCAGAAACUCUUCGACUCUGGAGACUUUUCCUUGUCAAGCUGAGGAUUGCCGAAAGGGUCAAGGCCUAUGCAGCCGCUGAUGAAAGGACGGACGAUGUCUAUGAGCCAGAGAUGGAUAUAGAUCAUGCAGAAGAAAGUGGAGGGGGAUUUCUUCCCGAGGAGGGUGGGGGAUUUAUACCAGAAGGCCAUGAGGGAGUUCUUCCGGAUGGUGGCGAUGGUUUUACUUCUGAAGAGAGAGCAUCCACCGCUGCGCGUGAGGGGGGAGGUUUCAUCCCUGACAAGCCUGACGAGGACGGAGGCUUCCUUCAUGAUAAAUACACAGACAACCAUCCAGCUCCGCUUGCUCAGCCAUCAACUUCGGCUCAAUCUCAUUCAAACUCGCAAAAGGUCAAUAGACCGAAACUCUCCAACACUCCUCGCUAUGAAUUGAUCGUGGUGCCGAAAACAUCUGAAUCUAUAUCCGAGGAACCACCGCCCGGCGACAAGCCCGAGACUGUUGAAAGCUUGGAUUUGAAGGAGCUCGAGGGGUCAUCUGUGAUGGCACCCAUCGCUGUCGAUUCGUCAACCAACGGCGACUCAAAAUAUGCUAGUGUGGACAUCCCUUCCCGCCCACCUUCUCCCCCACAGGCCUACCAGGCCGCUCCACCAGCUCCGGAUGUUGAUAGUGACAUCGAGAAAGGGUCUCUGCUAUCCGAGGAUCCGGAAGAUGAAGACGCAAUUCCGGAGUGGCUCAUGUGA